AUGGGGAAUUCCAUGGGGAGCUGUGGCGCUGAUGCCGGUGUUGUCAACUCAGAGCCGGUACACGACCGCCACUUUCCGAUGUAUGUGGUCAAGGUUUCGGACUUCCUGAAGCUCAGGCCAAAUUCAAGGAAGAUGGAGGGUGCCCCAAUGCCCCACCGCGCCCUGGAGCAGCAAGGGUUGCUCUACGAAUGGUGCCCAGGAAUGUUCGUGAUUUUCGUGUCUCAUCAGUGGCUUGGUGCCACACAUCCAGAUCCACGUGGGGAGCAACUAGCAGUUCUCCGCCAAAGCCUGACGGGCAUCAUCGAAGGGUCUUUGCACGUCGAAGGCGACAUGAUCUCCCUGAUCAAGGGCAGGCCGACACUUCAGCUUCCAGAUGCAAUCCGAAAGGAGAUCCAACACGGAUUCCUGUUUCUGGAUUGGUUUGCCAUCCCGCAGAUCACAGCGCGGCAUGAGGGAGUGAACGAAGCUGUCACACGGUCGAAUGCGGCCCUUGCAGUACAAAGUAUUCCGGCUUACGUAGAGGCAUCGAACGUCUUUGUGGCCUUGGUUCCCGAGUUGCCACAUGUGACUCGAGGCACACGCUGCAACUAUCCGUCGUGGCUGUCUAGGGGAUGGUGCCGUGCAGAGCUUUACUGCCACCUUCUGUCCAACAAGCCCGACACCAGUGUCAUUGUUAUACAUUCUGCGAUGGAGGCUGAGUACAUGUUUCCCCUCGACUGGCAGCACAACACUGUAGCAGAAGGCGACUUCACAGUCGAGAGUGACAGGGCCAUCGUGGUGAAGCUCAGCGAGAUGGCUGUGGACAGCAAGAUCCGACAUCUAGGUGCCAAGGGCCCUACAGGCCUCUACCGUUUCUACGUGGCCUACCGAGCGAAGCUUCUCGGUCGGCCCUGUCUCCCUUGGGACCUCGUGGGCUUUUUGGAGAACUUCCGCUUUCCAAGCUUCCAGGAUGCAAUUUCCGACAAGAUCAUGAAUGGUGCUCUGUGCGCAGUCAUUGCAGGGGACGCACAAAUGCUCUCCAGGCUGAUACAGCGCAGCGCCGAUGUCAACUAUCGAGUGUCUGGCUUGAGCGACUUAGGGUUCUACGACAGUCAGACGCUUCUGAUGGUGGCAGCAAAGUCGCACCAAAGCGCAGAGGUGCUCUCAACACUGCUAGAGCUUCGGGCAGAUGUAAAUGCGAGAGACCGCAGUGGACUCAAUUCUGCUUUCUACGCUCGCUCUGCGCAACAAGUGAAGGUGCUGGUGGAGGCCAAGGCAGACAUUCAUUCCAUCUGCUCGCCGCUUGGCUUGGCUCCACUGACAGGGGCCGCUUCCUCCGCAGAUGCGGGCACAGUCGCCGCAUUGCUCGAGGCGAUGUGCGAUCCAAACCCAGAGCCAAGCGGAGCCGGCUAUGGUCCACUACAUGGUGUUGCCGGCUUCGCGAGGCAAAGCAACAGGUUCUCCGCUAGCAAGGCCCGCUUGCUGCUCGCAAGCCGCGCCGACAUCAACAUGCGCGCACGUCCUACUGGCAAGUUCCGAUUGAUUACAUUAGCCGCCCGUGCUCACACUGGCCUUUUGGGCUUUGGCUCCGGCUCAAUUUCAGCCCGGCGUGUGGCAGCUCUUCCUGGCAUCACCCCAUUAGGGACUGCUGCUAUGUUAGGUGACGGAGAGUUGGCACAGCUUUUUCUGGAGUUUGGAGCUCAAGUGCUCGAGAACGAUCGUGGUGACACGCCGGCCGCCACCAGAAGCAUCUUUAGCUCUGCCUCCGAGAUGAGCAAGAGCGUGAAGGCUCGCAUGCCCAGCGUGCCGAGCAGUACCGGCUCCUCGCAGCCGUUAUCUCCUGGAGUGCUUCCAAGAGCGGCACUCCCGCUCGGCCAAAUCUUCCGGAGUUUGCUCCACUGGCGGAGGCGGGCAGACCACGAGCUUGAGCGAAUCCAGGCCAAGAUUGACGACAUGUGGCUGCACGAGAUGAUGCUGGGCUGUGACACCGAACUCUUCGAGACAGUGCGGAAGGUCCUGGGCGAUCUGGCCGAGCUCUGCGGCGAUUUGUCCAGGCAGUUGCUCGAGAUUGGAUCUCUCAGCCACGGCGUGCCACGAAGGCUUUCGUGGCCUUGCGUGCUGCGAGGCGGCCUACACUGGCGGUGCUCUUGCUGGAGGCCAUUUCGGAGCAGCGGCUGCCCCCCAAUGAGUUCCACAUCAACGCCUGCCUCGGCGUCUGCGAGGCAUCCGGCGCGUGGCCUGCAGCAAUGCGACUCCUCUCAGAGCAGUCUGCCCAGCUUCCGCUUCACAGGAGGACCGUGGCUUAUAAUGUCACCAUCAGCGCCUGUGAGAAGGGGCAGCAGUGGUCGCUGGCACUCCAGCUUGGCAGAGAGAUGUCCGAGACUGCGGUGCCAAAGGAUCAAUUCACCUACGGCGCCUGCAUCAGCGCCUGCGCAAGGGCCGGUCUCUGGCAGCGGGCGGUGGCUUUGCUCGAGGAACUGGGUCGCACGCCACUCAAGAAGGACACGGUUUGCUGCAGCGCGGCGAUCAGUGCCUGCGAGAAGGCGGCAGCGUGGCGAUCGGCUUUGGCGCUUCUGCAGCAGUCGGGCGAGGAAGGCCUUGUGCGGGACGUGGGCAUCUAUGGAGCAAGCAUCAGCGCCUGUGAGAAAGGCACACAGUGGCAGCGUGCGGCUGCGCUGGCAAACCAACUCAAGGUCGAAGGUUUGCGCGGCAACACCGUGA